AUGUCGUCUCCUAGUCCCUCGGUGUCCGGAUCUAAAUCCCGCCAGGGUCGUCGCCGCAGCCGUAACCAAUCUCGACGACAGGAGGCCACCGCGCCCCAGCCAGAGCCGCAGAACCAACGGUAUUCGGAUGAGGAAGAAAGUGCCGAAGACGCCGAGGUAGCACCUCAACCACAACGGCGGCGGCGUCAGCGCAAUCAGCAGACGCAACAACAGCAGCAGAGCGGGGGUCCGCUCGGUGGCAUAGGCGGAGGCGGUAUUGGCGGCGUUGAUCAGCUGCUCCCCGUCAACAACGUCGGUGAAACCGCGAACAACCUGACGAACUCGGCGACCGGUACAUUAGGCAACGUUGCUGGUGGUGUCCUCAACCAGGGCGGCGGCGACGGCGGAGGCAAAUCUGACACUCUACGUCUCAGACUUGAUCUCAAUCUUGAGGUUGAGGUAACAUUAAAAGCGAGGAUCCAUGGUGAUCUAACGUUAGCUUUGCUGUAA